AUGGCAUCGACUUCGACUUCACAAGAUCCCGGCACUGUACUCACAUCUACAUCCACACCCACAUCCAUACCCACGUCUCCUCAGAUCAUAACCCAGAUACCGAAUGUAGACCUCACCGCCCUUGCAAAAACGACACGUAAAAGCCUAGAUCGUUUGGCUUCCUUUUCUAACAUGCAAAGUGCAACCGACCCCCUUCCCAUCCUGACGAAGAUCUCGGCAAAGAUCCAUGCACUCAUCCGACUUAUCGAUGCGAGCAUGCUUGCAGCGCAACUCGGGUACCAAUUAGCCACGGACGCUAUUUCGCUUUGCGAAAGUACCCUCAUUGUCGUCGAUUCGGAGCUGGGUGAAUGGGAUGCAGGUGUGAGCAUCGACAUCGAGGUGCUCCGCGAGACGUGCCGUAGUGGAUGCGAAAACGCCGUGAAGGUCAUGGAAGGCUUUAGAGAUGUCAGACAGGAAGCAUAUAAGAUUGCAGCAGCUACGAAGGACAAUAUGUUUGUUGUUCUUGUUCCUCCGGACAAAGAUCACGCUGAAAAGAUGAAAAUACACCUGAAGGAUAUCGGCACAGGACUGGUUGCCAACCUCAAUCUCCUUUCUGACUUUGCGCGCGCCGUGAUGUCUGUAUCUGAUUGGUGGACAUUUAUGCAAGCAGAUUUGGAAUCAACAAAGCCUACAACAAUCCCUUCGCCUAACGCCAUCUCAGCAUAUACCCAAGAAGAAGUGCGGACCAUGCAAACUAGAUGGUUUGCCCUGAAGGAAGGGUUUCAGAAAUAUUACGAUAUUAUUAGUGUGGCGCAGGGUCGAUACCCUGAUUUACUCCCAUCGUCCUCAACAGCAUGGAAGGAAGUUACGACUGCUCGGCGACAUGCUCCUAGCUCUCUCGGCCACGGAGAGGAAGGAUCAAAACCCCACCACACCCGAUCGCCGACGCGCGUUCCUACUAAUGUUAUCGCAAAAGGGAUGCAAGCAAUGUUCAAUAAAGUUAUCAGACCGAAACUGCGAAAACCUGAUGCAGUCUCUAAAAGUAUCUCUAAGGGCAAGGAGAAGGAUAAAGGGAGUUCUCCAAUGUCGCCAAUGAGCAGAUCGAACUCUGCCCAUCCAUCCAUAAGCUUCUAUCACUCCGGUACUCCGAGCACCAUCUCACGAAGCUCCAGCCUUUCGAUACGAGGGCGAAGACAGAACAAUGAGAGAAAAUGGACGGAAAGUGGACUUCCGCGAACGAGGAGAACUACUCUUUUAUCGUGUUGCUCUGUCAAGCUUUUUGGAGAGGAUGAGGUCUCGAGAUUGGGAAGUCAUGUUGGUGGCUUCAUGAUACGAUAG